GAGCGCGUCCAUGCUGGUCCGGACACAGACGGGGUCAGCCGGUGUAUGAAGGUGCUGGUGUCGCUGUGUGCAGCUGAUGGUGAAGAUGAUGCUGGAGAGGAGCAGGGUGACAGUGGUGGCGGAUCUGUUCUUCACCAGGAAACACACUGAGGAUGAGGAGGAGGAAGAGGAGAGGAUUCACUGUCUCUGCUCCAGAGCCUUCGUACAGGAUCGAGAGCUGUAUCGCUCUGAUAACAGAUUGCUGACCUUUGACCUGACAGACGCCUCAGUCCAAGAAUCAGAUGAUGAAGAGGAGGAGGAAGAGGAGGCUGAGGAGGGGUUGGAUGAAGAGGCUCAGCUGAUGGCCAGCAUGGGUCUGCCUCUGGCCUUCAUCAGCUCCUCUGCCCGGAGGAGAGCACGGAGGAGGUCGAACAGGAAGCCUGACACGUACUCUGCAGAAUCUGCUGAAGAGGAGGAGGAAGGAGAAGAAGAAGAGGUUGACAUCAAAGCUGACGAGAAGGAAGUGAGUGAUCCACUGGAGGAAGGAGCAGCAGGGAUCCAGGAUGCUGGCUGGGAAAACUACUGGGCUCAGCAGGGUGAAGCUCUGCUGUGGAGCAGCUGGCUGGAGAAACAUCCAGAGACGGAGCUGCCGUCUGCGGGAGAUCCGGGAGCGGUGAGCGCUCCCUGGGACAACUCGGAAACGAAGGCUCUGUGGGACAAACAUGCUGCAGACACCUACUACUACUACUGGGAGCAGUAUUCAUACUGGGCAGCGCAGGGCUGGACCGCUGACCAGUCUGAGCGUACUGGGAACACAGGUGGAGAAGCAGCGGCAGAGGUGAUGGACAGAGGCGCAGGGACGCACUCGGACGAAUGGAAAGAUGGACGGACUGGAGAAGAGGAGGUGAAGGUUCUUCCUGAUCUGUUUGGACAGAAGUGCACGUUAGAGUCAGGAGGCGUGUGUGUGACGGACUCAGAGACUCACAGAGAGCGGGUGGAGGCAGAGCUCUGUGAUGAUCCCUCUGACGGUGGAGACGACCGCAAAAGACCUGCUGCCUCUUCACAGCAGGACACAGCCACACAUACAGAUUCCCAGCAUGCUCCUGACAGCUCUAACCGACAGUGCGGCUCAACAAGUAACAUGUCAAACAGAGGUGACGAUGAUGAUGAUGAUGAUGAUGAUGACAAACCUCCAGGAGGACGACGUGCUAAAAUGAAACGCAGUCAUGAGCUGGAUGUGGAGGAGAGCCCACAGCUGACACCUGAGGAGGCCUGGACUAAACUGGGACUCAAACGCAACCCGGACCCCCGGUUCAGCAGCGUGGUGAGCUUUAAGGGCGGCGCUGGUCAGAAGCGUCAGAGGCAGUGGUGGACUAAGAGGGCAGUCGGCAAACACACCAGGUUCUCCGAGACAGGAAGUGACAUCACGCAGCCACAGAUCAGCUCCUCCCUCCACAAGGUCCAGAGCUUCCUGAAAAAGAACCAGAUAGAGACACAGAUGAGUCAGUGUAACCAGAUGGGACGAGGAAGUACGCAGGAACCUGAGCACCUGGGAAAAGAGACGGGAGAAGAGGAGAGGAGGAGGAAGAAGGAGAUGAAGAGUGCUGAGGAAGAAGAGAUUUCUAAUUCUCUGUGUAGUUCAGAUGCAGACAGGAGGAAGGACCCUCAGCCCAACACCGAGAGGGAGGAGGAGGAGGAGGAGGAGGAGCAGGAGCAGCCUGGUAGACAGUUACCGUGUAUAGAAAUCCCCGACUUCCUGGUGUGUGAUGCACCUGAACACAACAGUGAGCUGAGUGUGAAAGAUGGAAAGAAGUCGAAGAAGAAGAAGAAGUAUAGAAAGCGAGGGAGGAAGCAGCAGGUCCCAGAGGAGAUGGCAGCUGAACCGGAGCUGGCUAAAUACUGGGCUCAGCGCUACAGACUCUUCUCUCGCUUCGAUGAGGGGAUCAGGCUGGACCGAGAGGGCUGGUUCUCUGUGACUCCGGAGAGGAUCGCUGAGCACAUUGCCCUCAGGGUGGAGCACAGCUUCUGUGGCUGUCAGCUGGUCAUAGACGCCUUCUGUGGGGUGGGAGGAAACGCCAUCCAGUUCGCCCUCACUGGGAAGAGAGUUCUGGCUGUCGACAUCGACCCGGUGCGGCUGGACUUGGCGCGGCACAACGCCGCAGUUUACGGCGUGGCCGAUCAGAUUGAAUUCCUGCAGGGAGACUUCCUGCAGCUGGCGUCCCGUCUGCGUGGUGAUGUGGUCUUCCUGUCACCGCCAUGGGGAGGACCGGACUACCUGACCGCUGAGGUGUUUGACAUCAGGACCAUGAUGGAGCCUGAUGGAUUUGAGAUUUUCCGUCUGGCCAAACUGAUAUCAGACAACAUCGUGUACUUCCUGCCUCGCAAUGCUGACAUGGAUCAGGUGGCCUCUCUGGCUGGUCCAGGAGGGAAGGUGGAGGUAGAGCAGAACCUCCUCAACAACAAGCUGAAGACAGUCACAGCUUACUUUGGCAGCUUGAUAAAUUCAGACAGUUAAUGACCCUGAGAGGUGUGGACCACCAAACAGAGAAUGGAACUAAAUCGAAUCUAUUACUCUCUUUCUACUCAGACCCAUCAUCUUUUAUUCACUCCAGGGAUCCAUUCAAGCACUAAGAAGCAGUUUGACUUUCUUUUUGUAAUUUAAAUAAUGUCAGACUGAAUCAGAUGAUCAGAGGUUACAGUGUCUGAGCAGCCUCCAUGUCUGAGUUUGUGCAGUUUAUGAAUCCCUCAGAUUAAAUUAACACUUGUGUUUUACAACAAUUCAUAUUUUAUCCUUUUUUAUUGUACA